AUGCUUACAGUAGAGGAAGCAGUGGCUGCGUACAUGGAUCUCCAACUACGGCGAGCCGCAGCUGCAACGCUGCCGGCGAAUGACGGCCAGACACCAGAUACAAACAUAUGGGAGGAGACUGUAGCUCGUCUGUGUUCGAGGCUGCACUUCCCAGAACGUUUCCUUUCGGCAUACGCAAGACUGCUGGCCUGCAGGCUUUUGCCAGAGUGGGCAAUUUGGGGCCUUUGCGGCAGGCUAGGUCCUCUUGGGUCUGACAAGCUUUCUGGCCGUCUGGAAGGAAUUCCGAUCCAUAUACGACUAGCUCGGGCGCGCCGUGCGGCAGGGGACAACCAUGCUGCAUACAGGGCCUUCUUCGAAAACAGUGACACCCCAUAUAACCACCGGGCAGUGGGCACUGUAGACGUCUUCUCCGAUGUGGCAGCAACAGUUUGUGCCUUGGAGUUGAGAGUAUGGGAGGCAAUUCAACAUGCAUUUGAGGCCCGCUGCCCCGUUCCACCUGAAGAGCAGUGGCGUGUUCGGCAGGUUAUAUCGGACAUCGCUGCAGCAAGUGAAACCAUGCUUCUAUAUGCAAGGCACGUACAACAGAAAAAGACCUCCCUAGCCCCUAGAGCAGAAGUGGUAUCCUCCGAUACAACCGCGGCAGAAGCGUCUCCUGUAGUGGAAAAUGCAGUGACCGGCGCCGGCCAGCAGCUGCAGCGCCCUACAGUGCAGCUGAAAUAUGAGCAUGCUACCUCCGACCGGAAUCCAGAGACCCAAUCCGAGCCGACAGUUUCAACAGGAACUAAACAUGAACUAACAUGCAGGUUUGAGGCAUUAGUUCUCACGAAGACAGCAUGGGAAAUGUAUCUCCCCUUAGGGGCCCCUGAAACAAGUCGUCACGCUACCCAACAAUUAGGGCCCGAUGUACUCUUGGGUCAGUUGCAUAAACAGUUAGUAAAUACUGGAGGGCUCAAGAUUCCGAAAGAGCUGCAUACGCAUUUGGAGGCAUUUAGCAGCAUGUACAAAACACACUUUCCCGAGCGGCAGCUUCUCUGGUUAUGGAGGGCAGGACACGCAGACAUGACCGUUAUCCUUCGCCAACAACCGCAUGCGACUCAACGUCAUGCUGGGACCUGUGCUGAGCUGAAAGCCGCAGACUUCCGCGUCUGCCUGCUAGCCUCAUUCGUAUUGCUGCUUUUUAAUGAGUACGACUUCGUGGCUAACCUGGACGACAAGAUGCGCCAGUGUCAACUCAAAUUCCUGAAUAACCAGUGGGGAAAGAUGCUAAACACCGUCGGGAGAAUUCCCCUUAUCUCAGUGCAGACAGCAGCGCAGCUGAUUGGCAUAUCCGCAGAAGAAGCAUUAGUCAUAUUGGAAGGGCUUCAAAUCGACCCCCAAAACCUUCUGAACUUGACAUUAGGCGUCUGCCUUGCAUAG